GUUUGAAAAUAGCAUCAAAUCGUCAAAUGCUACGACGCAAAACCUGGCAAUUGCUUGCUAGGGCGCGCUAACUGCGCAGAUGGCAGCGGAAAUAAUAAAAUCAUCUGAAUUCGGUUAACGUACAACGAUAUUAAUCACUACUUCCCGACAUUGACACCAACAUCGACAUCGACAUCGAAAGCUAUACUGAUAUUUUUUCAACCCGACUCUACGGUUUCCAAAAGAUAUAUAAACCAAGGCCCCCCAUCAAAUUUUCUCUCCUUCUUUUCUUCUCUUCUCUAGAGAUUCAUCUUUUCUCCAGUUACUUGUAAAGUUCACACUUGCAAGUUCAACAACCAACAUCAACUUGACUUAUCAAACCAAGUUCUCAAUUUCUACCUCUACAUACUGCUUCUUUUCUAAAGAAAGCUACUCUCCGCAUUGAUUGCACUCUGGGCAAGUCAUUAUCUUGACUCAUCAGCCCUAUUGGACGAAGGCGCGGAUCUCGCUGGACACAGACUCUAGUCGUCAAUUGCUAGUAGUUCCGACAGCCGCUUUGUUUGACAUAGCAUCGCGCGUCCUUGAUUCCCUCGUUUGUUUCAGAGUCACCAACCUCGAGACAAAGGAAUCAGUCCAGCUCGAGAAUCCGCAAUGUCGUCACAGGCACAGCAGAGCAGCCGUGCUCCCGGUUCUUUCGAGAUCCACCACGCGCUCCUCCGCCCAGUCAUCCUCCAGAUCAUGCGCGCACAAGGGUAUCACUCCUCCACCCCUGCGACCGUCGACGCGUUCACCAGCCUCACGGCUAAGUACAUGAUGGCUAUCUCGGGACGCGCGGCUCACUACGCCAACGCUAACAACGAAGACGGUGUGUCGUGUGUCCCCAACAUCACCGACAUCCGCAUGGCUCUGGAGGACUGCGGCGCGCUGAAGCCAGACAAAGAGUUCACCGAGCAGGUGUUCCGUGGCGAGGAGGACACUCGUGGCGUGGAUAACUUCAUCCAAUGGGCCACAGGCCCCAAGAACCUCCGUAUUCGCAAAGUCGCCGGGCUCGACAAGCCGACCGCAGGCGACACGGAGAUGGAUGGACAGGAAGAGCCGCGGGAGACCGACUACCUCAGUGCUCUUAAGAGGAAGCACAACAGGACUGGUGACGACUCUAAGUACGCGAGCACCAUCCUGGGGCGCGGAAUGGUCGAUCCUGAUCCCCAACCUAAGCCAAACCCUGUGCACCUCUGGGCGAUCCAGAUGCACGAACAGGCCCGCCGUCUUCCCGAGCAUGAGGUAGCUCAAGAAGAGUCUCCCAGACCAGCCAGCUCUGGUCUGAGUUCACUGGCCGACGAAGAUGUCGCCAUGAUGGACAUGGACAUGGACAUGAACUUCUAGUCUGCCAUGCCUACAAUCUUUAUUCCUGAGUCAUUGAUGCGCACGUGAACAACGGAACGUGACGCUUGGAGUUGGAGGCAUAGCUAUGGCGUUGACGUUGGGUCUGUCUUUGUGGGAGUUCGGGUUGGCAUUAUGUAUUUGGAUCUUUGGGGAGGAACUACCAUCACCGACUCUUUAGAGAAGUUUUGUGACAACAGCCGUGCUCAUAAAAUGAGUGUCGGCACGCAAUAAUACGCUUCUCUUGCCCUGCAAAAAAGCAGUGGCACCCACACAA